GAGACUGACUGGCUUUAGCUAAGCGAGUGAGCGUUAAAACCGUCUUUGAAGUUCCCACGUCACGAGGAUGUGGCUGUUUCAGUGAUAAUUAUUCUUUGCGGCCUUCGGUUACCGGAGAGCUAUUAUUAAUAAUACUGGAACCUAGCUCAAUGGAGAUCAUUUUAGUCUUGCCGGAAAGUUUAAAAUAUUGGAAAUGAAGUGCAGUUUCUUUUAAAAGUUACGAGAAUUUUUUUUACUAAUAAUUAUCAUACUUUGAAAACGUAUUCGAGUGGUUGUUUGAAGUUGAACAUUAUCACGAUUGAAGUGAAGAAUAUGGCGUCGGAGUUUUGAAAAAGAAAAGAGUUAAAAAACUAAAUAAAUACGUGUAAGUGAAGAAAGUUCUACAAAAUUCUUUAACCAGUUCUAGACAUGGAUAGAUCCUCACUAUCCAGUAGCCUUGUUCUAGUAAGCAGAUAGCUAAAUUGGUAGUUUAUUCUUUAAGAUAUAACAAUGGCUUAGAUUCAAAGAGGCACAAGAGAGUACAGUUUAAACUAAAUUACAUCUAAUAAACCCACGAAGGUUCCUCCGGAAGGACCAGUGAACAUGGUGUUAAGAGACCAAUCCCAUUCCUUCCUCGUCGUCAUCGUCUCCUUCACCUGUAUCUUGGGGAACCUCCUCCAAGCCGUCAGACCCGCCCCGCCUUCUGAAGCUGUUCCCUCGCCCUUCUCCCACCUCCUGGAUGACCGCCAGAGACUCCUGCUGUACGAGGAGCUCUAUUAUAACCUGACCCUCCACAAUCACAAGGACAGAAAACCUGGCGGUGGUGAGACUCUGAGGACUAAACGCCUGACGGAGAGUCGAACCUUCUCCCUGAUCACGAACCGAACUCGCCCUGCCAAAAAAGUGGUGGUUAUGGAGGGGGACAUCCUUUUGGGGGGACUCAUGAUGGUGCAUGAGAGGGGCAAUGAGGAGGUCUGCGGGACAAUCAUGCCCCAGGGUGGGGUACAGGCCUUAGAGGCGAUGCUCUAUACUCUAGACCACGUCAAUGGCAUGGAGAGCUUCAUCCCGGGAAUCAAGAUCGGGGCGCAUAUUCUCGACGACUGCGACAAAGACACCUACGGCCUCGAGCAAGCUGUCGAUUUCAUAAAAGGGUCCAUCAGUAACAUUGACGAUGGUGAGUACAAGUGUAGAGACGGGUCAUCACCUGAGGUCAUGAACAAGGUCAUCUCAGGUGUGGUAGGGGCAGCCUCAUCAGUGACCUCCAUUCAGGUCGCGAAUCUCCUCAGGCUCUUUAGGAUACCCCAGGUGAGUUUUUUCUCGACCUCUCCCGAGCUGAGCAACAAGCAGCGGUUCGAAUACUUCUCGAGAACCAUUCCCUCCGACCAUUACCAAGUCAAGGCCAUGGUGGAGAUCAUCAGGAAGUUCAACUGGUCGUACAUCUCGAUCAUUUACGAGGAGUCGAACUACGGCAUCAAGGCCUUCGAAGAACUGGAGGGCCUUUUGGCCAAAAACGACAUCUGUAUUGCAGUCAAGGAGAAGCUGGUGAAAGAUUCUGGAGUCGCAGAAGAAGUGGCUUAUGAUCUCAUAGUCAAGAAGCUUCUCCAGAAACAGAUGGCCAGAGGUGUCAUCGUCUUCGGCUCAGACCAAGAGGUCGCUGGAGUGAUGAGAGCUGUCAGGAGGAACAACGCCACUGGAAGCUUUUCCUGGAUCGGGUCAGACGGCUGGUCGGCCAGGUCUCUUGUGUCCUCAGGUAAUGAACCAGAAGUUGAGGGAACUCUGUCAGUUCAGCCUCAAGCCAAUCCCGUAAGAGGCUUCCACAGAUACUUCAAAGGGUUAACUGUGUCCUUGCGAAACAAGAGGAAUCCCUGGUUUGUCGAAUACUGGGAGGACCACUUCAAAUGCAGGCACCCAAACAGUCCGCUAACCAGUUACAACCGGAACCACACCAGUUGCAGUGGGCUGGAGAGACUCACGGAUGACAACACUGAGUUCGCUCAGUUGCAGUUCGUCUCCGAUGCUGUCAUGGCGUUUGCAUACGCCUUCAGAAAUAUGCAUCAAAGCCUGUGCGGUGGGAAACCUGGGCUCUGUCCACGUAUGACUCCUAUAAAUGGGGAGGAACUUCUCUUUUACCUACGUAAUGUCACCUUUACAGGUUUAAGCGGAGACAACUUCAAAUUCGACAAGCAAGGAGAUGGGCCAGCCAGGUACAACAUCAUUCACUUCAAGCAAUCCUCGCCUGGGGUGUACGCCUGGGUCACCGUUGGACAAUACAUAGAAGGAGAGCUCUUGCUCGAUAUGGAUG